AUGAAAUGUGCGAUCAGUCUCUUGUAAAUGUAAUAAGUUUGCUGGAUAUUGAAAUUGUCAUUGCGGUCGGACGAUUUGCCGAGAAAAGAGCUCAGAUCAUUAAAGAGAGAUUCCAGCUUCCAAUUAGGGUAUGCUACAUCUCUCAUCCUAGUCCAAGAAAUCCAGAAAGCAACAAAAACUGGCUUUUGUCUACUAAAGAUCUCUUAUUAAACAAAUAUGGUCUACUGAAACUAUUCUCCCCUUAGCAAAUCAUGUCUUCUGAUAACGAGGAUUAUAUGAAAGAAGCGUUGAAGAUAGCUGUCAAGGCUUUACAAAAUGGUGAAGUUCCUGUAGGAUGCCUCUUCAUACUCGAUGGAGAAGUUGUUGCACAUGGUUCCAACGAUGUUAACAGAACUAAAAACGCAACUAGACAUGCAGAAAUGACUUGCAUCGAUCAGGUCCUCGCCAAAUAUAUGGAUAGAUCCGUGUUUGAAAAGAUCACGGUAGUCGUCACAGUCGAGCCGUGUAUAAUGUGUGCAAGUGUACUUUACGAGUUGAAAGUCAAGUCUGUGAUUUACGGUUGUGCGAAUGACAGGUUCGGCGGUUGUGGUUCGGUUUUAGAUGUGAAAAGGCUUUACCCAAGUUCACAGACUGUCGUUAUCGGUGGUGUUCAUUUAGACCAGGCGAUGGGAUUACUUAAAACGUUCUACAAGGGAGUGAACCCAAACGCUCCAAUUGUAAAAAUCAACAAAAGAAAAAUUGGCCACCUGUGAUUGACAGAAAACACGGUAAUUGCUUUUUAAAAAAUAAAUUGAUUAUAUUUAUAUUUUAAUACUUGCUGCCUUCUUGUUUUAAUUUUACAUUGUAUUAACUCCUUUUUUCUAAACCACCUUCAAAAACAAAAUAACAUUCAAAAUACUGUGUUAUAAUGUCUUAAGAUUAACACCAUCCUGAAAGAAUUGUUUUUGUUUGUGUCUACAUUUUAUAUGUAUUUUAUACAAAAAAAAAUCUUUCACAAAACAUCUUUUAAAUAAAAUAAUUAAUUGCCAUAGUGGGCUUAUAUAGCGAACUUAUAUACUUUCUUUCAUAAGAAACAUUUUUGUACAUAAACUUAUUUUAUUUUAGCAUUUUGAUACUCAUGUUCAAUUCAUUUCAAAUCAGUUUUAAAAUUAUGUGUCUUCUUUUGUUGCUAUUCUAGUAGUUCUUGAACUGAUUUCAAUAAAGCAUGAGGAAUGCUAGUCUGCUAUUCAUUGACCAUUUUUAGAGAUUUAUUUUUCAGGUUUUCCUUUGUCAUUCAUUGUACCUUGAAUGUAUGGUUGCUUUAUUUGAAAGGUUUGUUUAGUAGGGGUUUACUGUAAUAAUGUUACAAAAUUGGCAAAAGUAAAGUUUUGACUUUGACAUUGUUUUUUGUCAUUAGUAUUGCUUUUUUUGUACAUGUUCCAUACUAAAUGAUCAAUUUCAGUUGUUUUUCUCAAUAAAAUAGACUAAGCGUG